AUGUUAAUUUUUCAAGGUUUUGCUUACUUUCUUGCUGAGAUUUAUUUUUUAAUUUUGUUAAAUUCAAAUAUAAAUCAAGCGGCUUUACAUAAUUUGAAGGUACAAGAAAAAGGAAUAUUUGCCCGCACUAAACAUCAAUUACGAAAUGAUGAAGUUCAUGAUACAAGUUUUGACACUGAGGAAUUAAAUAUUGAUAAUAUUGUUAGCUCUUGCAAUGAUAGCUAUAAGAUUACAAUCGAUUUUUUGGAAGCUUUCAAUUCCACAGCAGAGUUUCCGGAUGAAACUGAUAAAACUCCAAUGUGCUUUAUCAGAUGCUUAUAUGAAAGAACUGGGAUAAUUAAAGAAGGAAACCUUGAUAGAAAUCAAAUUGUAAAGUUAAUGUGGCCGGCUACUGGCGAUUCAGUAGAAGUAUGCCAAAAAGAAGGAGAUAACGAAAAAAAUGCUUGUUUGAGAGCAUAUUUAAAGGGAAAAUGCUUAAUGAUAAGAUCUAUUGUCGACGCGAGAAAUAAACCAAAAAUAUAA